UAUGUAACGUGGUGGUGAUAUAAGAAUUUUUGAAGUGACUAUGAGAAUUCAUUUCACAUAAAAGAUUAUUAGCAAUUACCUCAAACCAAAGUUGUACAAUUUACAAUGCCAGCUUUAGCCAGAGAUGGGUCAAUAUCAAAUUGGUCCCGAUACGCAUGACAUUAAGUUUGAUCUUUUUUAAAAAAAAAAGGUUCGAAUUCAUAUCAAAAUAUAUCUUUGAAUUAUUUCAGUCAAAUUCGUACCCAAGAUUCGAGAACAUAAAUACAACAUGUGUGACUUGAAAAACUUCUAUAAUAGAAAACGAUUUUUUUCCUUUUUAAAGAAGUAAGUAUAUAUUGUUUACCAUAAAAAGAUAAUUUAUUAACUUCUUAAUAAGAGAACAUUCCAAUUUAGUAGGAGAUAAGAUAAUAUGAAAUAUUUCACUCAAAAAUGGAAUACUUAAGAUUUUUUUUCUUGACAUAAUUUGAAACAAGAUGAUGAAUACAAACAAUGUCACAAAUAAUACGCUCACGAUUAUCGAGAGUGAUAAAUUAGAGAGCAAUAAGAAACUUAUAGGUCAUCACUCUGAAGACCUGAAAAAAAAAAUACAAAAGGCAGAGAGCGAGAGAAAGAGAGAGACACACACACAACACAAUCAUGAGUCAAGAUCAGAAGCUUCUUCUUCAGAAAAAGAAAAGCAAAAGAAACCUAAUCGAAAUCUUGAUGGGAUCCAUCGUGAAGCCACUCUUCGGAGACAACUUAACAACUAUUGGAUCAAACAUUGCUGGUCUACUCUUCAUCAUCGAAACCCUAAGGAGAUACUUCCCUGGACAGCUCAAGGUCACGAUCCAAGAACUCCUCGUCAACGCGAUCCACCGGCUACCCUUUUUCAAGAAGUGUGCCGACAAGACUCUUGCCUUCUUCUCUCCUUACGCUCAGAUCAGGUUCACAGAAAUCGAGGAGUAUAGAUACAACUACGCUUACCCUGCCAUCACGACCUACCUUGGCGCGCAAGUUAACCCUCAAGUGAAGAAUCUCAAGGGUAGCCAGACGAGGGGGAGAAAAUCUUUGGAUUUCAAACGCGACGAUGAUAAACUCGAGGAUGAGUACGAAGGUGUGAAGCUCUGGUGGGAGGUUGUUAAAUUCAAUGAUGGGGUUAAAAUGUGUAGGCUUACUUUCCACAGAAGUAACUGGGAGGUUGUGACUGGCUCCUACUUGAAAUACGUUGUGGAAGAAGGCAAGUCCAUUGAAGAAAAGAAAAAGAAGGUCAAGAUCUUCAUGAACAAUCCAAGCCCUAACUGGGAGAUGUUUACGAUGAAUCUAUGGAGUAGCAUUGACUUCGAGCAUCCAGCAACGUUUGACACAUUGGCUAUGGAUCAAAAGAAGAGAGGUGAGAUUAUAAAUGAUCUUUUAGCGUUUAGAGAGGGUGAAGAGUAUUAUAAGAAGAUUGGGAAAGCUUGGAAGAGGGGCUACUUGUUGCAUGGACCUCCAGGGACAGGCAAGUCCACGAUGAUUGCAGCUAUGGCGAAUCUAAUGAGUUAUAGCAUCUAUGAUCUUGAGCUAACUUCGAUAGGGAACAACUGGGAGCUCAAGAAGCUGUUGCUAGCUACUACUAGUAAGUCGAUUAUUGUGAUUGAGGAUAUAGACUGUUCCUUGGACCUCACGGGAGAGAGGGGAGUUAAAGAGGAUCUUCAGAGCAAUGCAGAGAUCAAGAAGUUGAAGAAGAAGAAUGCAGUUACACUCUCUGGAUUGUUGAAUUUUAUAGACGGGAUUUGGUCGGCUUGUGGACAAGAGAGGAUACUUGUCUUUACAACGAACCAUUUGGGGAAACUUGACCAAGCUUUGAUCAGAAGAGGUCGGAUGGAUAUGCAUAUAGAGUUGUCUUAUUGCAGAUUUGAAGCCUUCAAGAUUCUUGCCAAGAACUAUCUGAAUCUUGAUUCGCAUCUUUUGUUUGGUGAGAUUGAGACGUUGCUGGAAGAAACGAAUAUGACACCGGCUGAUGUUGCGGAGAACUUGAUGGUGAAAGAUAGUGACUCUGGUGUUGAUGGACCACUCAAGGGUCUGAUCCGAGCUUUGGAACAGAUGAAGUUGAACCAACAUUCAAAUGAACAACAGAAGGAGAUUAACAAAUAAAUAAUGUUAGCUGUUUUAUCAUCUGCUUUGAUAUCAGUGUUUCAUUAUGUUUUUAGCACCAAUUAUAGCUUGUAAAAUCGAAUUUAAUAGCCGCUUUGAAAUUAGUGUUUAUUAUUAGUACUUCACAUCUUACAUUUUACAGAUCAUAUAUAGAGAUUUCAAAAAAAUAAACACAAAAACACAAUGUUUUGAUGUGUGAAGAAAGUAAUCUCAAGUGAAUUUCUGUUAGUUCCAUAUGUUCUUGUCUCUGUUUUCAUUCUUUGUUGUGUGUUUAGUAUGGAUUAUCUUUGGGCUUAAGUCAAGAGUUGGGACAGGAUCUAAGAAAAUGUAAUUAAUCUCAUAAGUAUAAACAAAGCCUCCUAAAUCUUAUUCCCAAGAGAAACCCAGUAUUUAAAACUACCAAAUUCCAAGUUUCAAUAGAUUUAGCUCUAGGCCCAGCCUAUAAUGUGAGUAAUCAAUCGAUCAGCCUAGUGAUGGGUUUCGGGUCAAACCCACCCCGCUAGACCAGCCAAUCCACGGGUUAAGUGAUGUUUUUGAUUAAAAAAAUAUGGUGUGCUUGACCCGAAAGAAGAAAAUAUAAAACCCGCACUCAUCCCGCUUAAACUCUUGGGUGAUCCACUGGAUCCGCAGAUAAUAUUAAUCCGCACUCAUCAUAGUCAUCGUCCAUAACAAUAAUUUAAAAGAGUUAAAGAUAAAGCAUGAAUUAGCGUCGAUUUUAUAAAAUCCAUGUACGUAAUUCAAGUUAAUGUAGAGUAUAGAAAUGUUUUUGUGUACAUAUAGAGUUUACUUAAUAUUUUUUCAGCAACUCAUAGUUCAGAAAUAAGCCGUUUUUCCGUGGAUGGUACUGGGUUUAAAACUUGUGUAAAAAAUAUAUAUAUACAGAUUGGGUUUUGUUUGUCUCUAUUGUAUUCCUAUGUAUACGUAAUCAUAUGAUGUAAGGAUCCGAUUGUCAUCUAAGCGCAGGUCAUCCGCAUUAGGUUAUAUACUUGUUAAAGAAAUAAUACGUUACUAUCCAGUUUUCGAUAAAAAAAAAACAUAUAUAUGUUACUAUCCAGUUUGAAAAUCUUUACCCAAAGAAAGUUGGAUAUCAAAACGUUUUUAGUCCACCACUACAUGUCACUUUAUCAGAUAAACAAUUAUGUAACUCAGACACAUUUUGGCAUUUACUGGUAUACUAGUUUUACUAGUUUUUAGGCCCGAACAUUUUAUCCGGACCGAAAAUUCGAAUCAGAAUCGAUCCAAAAAUACCCGACUCGAAACCUAACCGAAAAUUUACAAAUACCUAUUAGAUCCAAGAAAAAUUUACCCCAAAAAACCGGAACCAAAAAGAAUCGUCCCGAAUAGACCUGGACUCGGAAAAAACCUAACCGAAUCCAACCUGAUAAGAACCGAUUCAUACCUGAGUUAAAAAUAUGAAUAUCCAAAACUACAAUUUUUGUGUUCUAUUUUCUAUAUUUUAUUUUAUGAUUUAGUUGAAAUGUUUUUUUGUUAAGAAUCUUUGGUAUUAUUUCUGUAACAUUUUUCAAGAAAUAUGAAGAAUUAAAUGUAAAAUUUAGAGUUUAAAAAUAUCUUAUUUUAAAUUAUUUCGUAAAAAAAUUAGAUAUAUAUGAUAGAUUUCAACUAAAUUUAAUUGGGGGAGGGGGUGGUUGGGUAAUUCAUGUUCUUUUCGGAUAUUGAAUAUUUGAAUCCGAUCCAGACUCGUUAUGGACCGAAAAUUAUAGGUUUUUUAUAUGUAUUUUAAUUAUAGACCCGAAUAGACCUGAAAAAAACUCUUCUGAACCCAAAAAAAACCAAUCCGGACCAAAAAUUUACAAAUAUCUAUAGGGUCUAAAUGUUUAGGACCCGAAAAAAACCAGCCUGAACCUAACCCAAACACUCAGACGCCCAGCCUACUAGUUUUUAUGGACGCUACUUUUAAUUGAAUUACUUAUAUUGAAUAACUUUAUGAUGAAAUUGACGGUGAAACCAUGGAAUUUCGUUCUCUUUGCCGUCUUUGUUGAGUUAUUUUCUUCUUUUUUUCCAACAAAAACUGUAAAUAAUUAGUGGUUAGGUAGUUUCCAAGUGUGAUCUCAUUAGGCCUGGGACUUGGG